AAUGGGCAUGUAGUACGUUCUUAGUGAGGGGUGUUGGGGACCCCCAGCUCUGCCUCAGAGACGACUGUCUAGUUUGGGCCCCUGCCACACCUCCCAGCCCCAGGCUUAGGCCAGGGAGGGGGCAGGGGUUGCAUCUGCACCCAGACUGGGAGGGGCUGAGUGGGCCCUGUCUGGCUGCCUCAGCCCUUUUCUUAGCCUCAAGGGCCAAUUAGCCCCCUUGGCCCCACCUCACACCCCUGAGCCUUCUAAGCCCAGGCCUGGUGGGGGGCCAGGGAGCAGCUGCUGCUUGGUGUGCCUGGAGUCCUCACCCCAGGGUUGUGACCUGGGAGAUCUUGGCUGCCUGAGGCUGGGCUGGGGGUGGGAAUGGGGGAAGCCCUUCUCACUGAGUGGCCCUGAGGCAGCCUCUGCACAUCUCUGGGCUCCCAGCCCCUCAUUAGUCCUAGGGAGCUGGGCUCUACCCUGGGAUCUUCCUCUUCCCCCUCCUUUCCUGGGCUUCCUGCUUCUCACAGGUCCCCGUGCCUUUUCCUACUGGAGCUGUGGUAGACUAGGGCACUAUGCAUGCAGGAAACCUCAGAGGCCCCAGAGACCCCCAUGGCGGCAGUACCUCCUUCCCUGGCGCCUGCCCGCGCGCUUUGUAAUAGUCUUUCAGGUGAGCCGCCUCCUGUGUGCCGCCAGCUCCCUAGUCUCUGCCGUCAGGUUGGCAAACGCUCAGAACAUCUGUUUUGCGCCAGGCCCUGGGCCAGGCUCCUGGGUAGGAGGGGCCAGAGUGAGGUGGGAAGCUGUCAGGUAGGCCUGGGCUCCACCCCUGCUUUACCUCCCCCUGGCUGGGUGACCUCAGUUACCCAGGGGUGAAGCAGGGACGCUCACCUCUCCUGUGAGGAGUGGAGGCAACCCAGGAUGAGGGCCUGGCCCGAGGUGAUGGGAGUCUGUUCCCUUCCCUGUGAGGGCAGAGGAUGAAAGGGAGGCAAUGCCUAGCUGUCCUCACUACCCCCCACUGUGGGCACUGCCCUACUUCAGCCCCAGUUGCCAAGGAACCACUGGCUUCCUUGCUAACCUGGAUUUCUCUAUUGAUGGGCGGCCUUUGUCUUGCUGCCUAGGGUGCAGCCACUGCCGAGAAAGGCCUGUGUCCAGCUGUGUUUCCAGGCAACCCUAGCCCCUGGAGGCUGCAGGGAGGUCCCCAGGCCGUCAAGCCACUGGCUGGGAAACAGAAAUACCUGCCCCGCACCCCCUGCUCCAGGUGGCUACCUGCUUCCCACCUCCAUCUCCCCAGCCCUGCCUCACUUGGCAGGCGGCCCGGCAAGCCCUCUGAGACGCAAGUUGUUCCACACCUUUCCCUCCGCCGCUAACCCUUCAAGGCCCUGGGGGAAAUGCAGCCUUCUCAGCUUGCGGCCUAAGCUUGGUGUGACCUGGGAUCUGCCCACCAACCUUUCCUCUCCCUUCCUACACCCUCCCAAUCCCCCAGAUUGUCAGUGUGUGUCUUCGGGCACCUCCCGUGUACCAGGCUCUGCGCCAAGCAUUGUACGUAAAUAUAAGAGAAUCUUGUUUGUACCUCGUACCUCCCAUCGAAUAUGUGCCAUAACCCCCUCCACGAUUUACACGUGGGGAACCUGAGGCACGGUGAAUGCUUACUGAGGGCCUGCUCUGUGUCGGGCUCUGUGCUGAGCAUUUGAUGUGCGUUCUCUCGGCCUCACAACAGCCCUCUGAGGGAUGGGGAAUGGGGGUGGGGUCCACAGCCACCGAGCCAGUGAAGAGCAGAGCAAGGAAGGCUGGUUCUCCUCAAGUCAGGCAAGGGCUUCAGAUCCGGGUUCAGUCCCCCACCCCGAGCCCAGCCUCUAGGCUUCUUAAUCGUCAGCCUGCUCCCUGGCCCUCUUGACCUUGGGAGAAGGUGGACCCUCUCCUGAGUGCCUUUUCUGAUCCCCCUGGUUCAGCACAUACCUAUUCACGUGCUGGGCACCCGGUACGGGGGCAGCACGUCAGCGGGGAAGGGGUGGGUGCGUAGCCUGGUCACACCCAGGGCGAGGACUGCACAAGUGAGGUGGUGGUUGGGGGCCAGGAGGAAGUGACUUUGAGCUGAGCUCUGAAGGAAGGGUAGCUGUCAGUAGGGUGAUGGGAGGGGUUUCUGGGCAGAGGAAACAGCAGGUACCAGUGCCAGGUGAGAGAGGCAAGACUGACUGCAGCUGCCUGCCUGCCUGCCUGUCCCAUCCCCGUCUGAGCCUCCCCUCCAUCUGCCUGAGGCUGGCGACCCACUGGGGCUUGAGGAUGAAGCUGAGCCCACCGCACUGGCCCCUAUCCUGCCUCCUGGUGCUGUUGCCCUGGCCUCUGGCCACUGCAACAUCAACAACCCCUUGGCCGUGCCCACCCGGCGAGGAGCCCAACCUGGAACCAGGGCGGGGCACAUUAUGCAGGUCCUGCCCCCCAGGCACCUUCUCAGCUUCCUGGGGCUCUAGCCCUUGCCAGCCGCACUCGCGCUGCAGCCCUCAAGGGAGGCUGGAGGCCCAGGUGGGCACGGCAACUCGAGACACACUAUGUGGAAACUGCCAGCCAGGGUGGUUUGCCCCGUCAGAGGUCCCCCAUGUUCCCUGUCGGCCGUGCUCCUGGACACCCCUGGGUACUCGCGGCUGUUACGAGCGGGGGCGACGGGCCCGACGUGGCAUGGAGGUGGCAGCAAGGGCGAGCGGCGCGGGGGAGACGCGGCAGCCUGGGAACAGCACGCGGGCGGGCAGCCCCGAGGAGACAGCUGCCCAGUACGCGGUUAUUGCCAUUGUGCCCAUCUUCUGCCUCAUGGGGCUGCUAGGCAUCCUGGUGUGUAACCUGCUCAAGCGGAAGGGCUACCACUGCACGGCCCACAAGGAGGUCGGGCCUGGUCCUGGAGGCGGAGGCAGCGGGGUCAACCCUGCCUACCAUACUGAUGACGCCAAUGAGGACACCAUUGGGGUCCUGGUGCGCCUGAUCACAGAGAAGAAAGAGAAUGCGGCGGCCCUGGAGGAGCUGCUGAAGGAGUAUCACAGCAAACAGCUGGUGCAGACCAGCCACAGGCCUCUACCCAGGCUGCCGCCGGGCCCACCCACCAUGCCACACGUCUGCCCGCAUCGCCACCACCUCCACACUGUGCAGGGCCUGGCCUCGCUCUCUGGCCCCUGCUGCUCCCGUUGUAGCCAGAAGUGGCCCGAGGUGCUGCUGUCCCCCGAGGCUGCAGCUGCCACCACUCCUACUCCCAGACUCCUGCCCAACCCGGCCAGGGUGCCCAAGGUCGGGGCCAAGGCAGGACGCCAGGGCGAGAUCACCAUCUUGUCUGUGGGCAGGUUCCGUGUGGCCCGAAUUCCUGAGCAGCGGAUGAGUUCGGUGGCCUCAGAGGUGAAGACCAUCACGGAGGCCGGGCCCUCAGGGGGUGAUCUCCCUGACUCCCCACGACGUGGCCUCUCCAGUGAGCAGCGGACACUGCUGGGAAGUGGUGGAAGCCACCCUAAAUGGCUGAAGUCCCCAGCAGAGAACAAGGCCGAGGAGAACCGCUAUGUGGUCCGGCUGAGUGAGAGCAACCUGGUCAUCUGAGGGGCUGUCUCGUCUGAGGAUACUGCAGCCUUGCCCUGGGAGGCUCCGAAGGCUUCCUGGAGGAGGUAGAGCUGCAGCUGAGCCAGUGAGGAUCCAGAAUGGCCCAGCAGACAGAACAGCCAAGGCCAAGGCCUGGAGGUGGGAGCGUCCACCCCAGUGAGGAGGCAGGCCAGCGUGCCGGCGGGUGCUGUGUGCAGGAGCAGGUUGAGAGCCCCUCCCAUCCCUGCCGCCCAUUUCCUUCCCUGCAGGAUGUCCCUGAUGCCGUGCCCUGCCCUGGCUGGAUCCUAGGAGCCCACAGGGUCCUCUGCACCGCCAGGUGGCUAGGCCUCAGUGGUGGGGAGGGGCCCUCUACCUGGCACCCCUGGCCCCAUGCCUUAGUGAUGAGCCACCCCUUACCUCUGUAGAGGGGACCUCCCCCUCCUUCCUGACAGGUCCUGCAAAGGGAGGGGUCAACAAAAAGCCAUGAGCUAGGAACCGGGUUCCUGGGUUCUAAUCCUGGGCAAGCCCCUGGCCAUUACUGGGUCCCAAUUCUUCUGACUGUGAAGCGGGGAGAGAGUGGCGCCUCGGUGCCCAGGGCCUUCCUGCAUCUUGCAGGCUCUGGGCUGGGUCGUGUAGAUGGAGAACUUGACCCCUUGCCACCCCUCCCACUAGUUUUAUCUGGCCCCGUUUUUUGCUGCUUCAGGGCCACCACCUUCAAGGCUCCCAAGGGGCUGCCCAUUCAUGGCUCUGCCUACAGAAGGGGCAUAAUGCACGUGCCUGCCCCUGACCCUGCUGUUUUUAUUGAAAUUGAAAAAACAGACUUGACCUGGGCGGGGCUGUGGUACAGAGCCCCAACCUGCCCAGCCACCCACAAGAUCUCAGGCGCUUUGGAGGGUAAGGGGUGAGGCCUCUGGCCUCGGUGGUUUCUGUGUCCCUGUGGUAUUGGUGUGUCCGUCCCCUGGCCUGGGCAGUGCGGGCGACUGCCUAGCCCGCGUCUCCACUCUGGCUCAGCAACCUCGUUAUUUAUGUGGGGCUGUGCAGGCAUGGGCCCACUGCUGUCACUGUUUCUCUUAUUUAUUGAAACUUUGCUGUUGUCCCACCCUUGUGUCUCCACACCCAUCCAUUUGUUGAAUAAUAAAAGGUGGGAAAGUAGUGUCAUGAGGCGCUUCUUUUUCCCUGUGUCUCUUC